UAGGGUGAGCGGCCUCCGGAGCAGAGCGGGGCUCUCAGGAGGAGACACUUUUUUUUUUUUCCUCCCUCCUUCCCUCCUCUCCUCCUCCCUUCCCUUCCCCUCUCCUCCCCUCUCUCCUCCUUCCCCCCUCGGUCCGCCGGAGCCUGCUGGGGCGAGCGGUUGGUGUUGCAGGCUCUUACUCUCCGGGGCCGCCCGGCGGGUAGCUGGCGGGGGGAGGAGGCAGGAACCGCGAUGGCGCCUCAGAAGCACGGCGGUGGGGGAGGGGGCGGCUCGGGGCCCAGCGCAGGGUCCGGGGGAGGCAGCUUUGGGGGUUCGGCGGCGGUGGCGGCGGCGACGGCGUCGGGCGGCAAAUCCGGUGGCGGGGGCUGUGGAGGCGGCGGCAGUUACUCGGCCUCCUCCUCCUCCUCCGCGGCGGCGGCGGCGGCAGCGGCGGGGGCUGCGGUGUUACCCGUGAAGAAGCCGAAAAUGGAGCACGUCCAGGCUGACCACGAGCUUUUCCUCCAGGCCUUUGAGAAACCAACGCAGAUCUAUAGAUUUCUUCGAACUCGAAAUCUUAUAGCGCCAAUAUUUUUGCACAGAACUCUUACUUACAUGUCACAUCGAAACUCCAGAACAAACAUCAAAAGGAAAACAUUUAAAGUUGAUGAUAUGUUAUCAAAAGUAGAGAAAAUGAAAGGAGAGCAAGAAUCUCAUAGCUUGUCAGCUCAUCUGCAGCUUACCUUUACUGGUUUCUUCCACAAAAAUGAUAAGCCAUCACAAAAUUCAGAAAAUGAACAAAAUUCUGUUACCCUAGAAGUCCUGCUUGUGAAAGUUUGUCACAAAAAAAGAAAGGAUGUAAGUUGUCCAAUAAGGCAAGUUCCUACAGGUAAAAAGCAGGUGCCUUUGAAUCCUGACCUCAAUCAAACAAAACCUGGAAAUUUCCCAUCCCUUGCAGUUUCCAGUAAUGAAUUUGAACCUAGUAACAGCCAUAUGGUGAAGUCUUACUCAUUGCUAUUUAGAGUGACUCGUCCGGGAAGAAGAGAGUUUAAUGGAAUGAUUAAUGGAGAAACCAAUGAAAAUAUUGAUGUCAAUGAAGAACUUCCAGCUAGAAGAAAACGAAAUCGCGAAGAUGGGGAAAAGACAUUUGUUGCACAAAUGACAGUAUUUGAUAAAAACAGGCGCUUACAGCUUUUAGAUGGGGAGUAUGAAGUAGCCAUGCAGGAAAUGGAAGAAUGUCCGAUAAGCAAGAAAAGAGCAACAUGGGAGACUAUUCUUGAUGGGAAGAGGCUGCCUCCAUUUGAAACAUUUUCUCAGGGACCUACGUUGCAAUUCACUCUUCGUUGGACAGGAGAGACCAAUGAUAAAUCUACAGCUCCUAUUGCCAAGCCUCUUGCCACUAGAAAUUCAGAGAGUCUCCAUCAAGAAAACAAGCCUGGUUCAGUUAAACCUACUCAAACUAUUGCUGUUAAAGAAUCAUUGACUACAGAUCUACAAACAAGAAAAGAAAAAGAUACUACCAAUGAAAACCGACAAAAAUUAAGAAUAUUUUAUCAGUUCCUUUAUAACAACAAUACAAGACAACAAACUGAAGCAAGAGAUGACCUACAUUGCCCUUGGUGCACUCUGAACUGCCGCAAACUUUAUAGUUUACUCAAGCAUCUUAAACUCUGUCAUAGCAGAUUUAUCUUCAAUUAUGUUUAUCAUCCAAAAGGUGCUAGGAUAGAUGUUUCUAUCAAUGAGUGUUAUGAUGGCUCCUAUGCAGGAAAUCCUCAGGAUAUUCAUCGCCAACCUGGAUUUGCUUUUAGUCGCAAUGGACCAGUAAAGAGAACGCCUAUCACACACAUUCUUGUGUGCAGGCCAAAACGAACAAAAGCAAGCAUGUCUGAAUUUCUUGAAUCUGAAGAUGGAGAAGUGGAACAGCAACGAACAUACAGCAGUGGACACAAUCGUCUGUAUUUCCAUAGUGACACCUGUUUACCUCUCCGUCCACAAGAAAUGGAAGUAGACAGUGAAGAUGAAAAAGAUCCUGAGUGGCUAAGAGAAAAAACGAUUACACAAAUUGAGGAAUUUUCUGAUGUUAAUGAAGGAGAGAAAGAAGUGAUGAAACUAUGGAAUCUCCAUGUCAUGAAGCAUGGGUUUAUUGCUGACAAUCAAAUGAAUCAUGCCUGUAUGCUGUUUGUAGAAAACUAUGGACAGAAAAUAAUUAAGAAGAAUUUAUGUCGAAACUUCAUGCUUCAUCUAGUCAGCAUGCAUGACUUUAAUCUUAUUAGUAUAAUGUCAAUAGAUAAAGCUGUCACCAAGCUCCGUGAAAUGCAGCAAAAAUUAGAAAAAGGAGAAUCUGCUUCCCCUGCAAAUGAAGAAAUCACUGAAGAACAAAAUGGGACAGCAAAUGGAUUUAGUGAAAUUAACUCAAAAGAGAAAGCUUUGGAAACAGAUGGUGUCUCAGGGGUUUCAAAACAGAGCAAAAAACAAAAACUCUGAAAAGGCCUAAACGCUUAUUAUGGACAAACACUGAAAUUGCAUUCUAGGGAGUUCAGCCUCUAAGAAGAGUGUUGUAUUUGUUUUUUAAUCAUAGGUUCCAAACAGGCACUGUUAGAUGAAGUAAAUGAUUUCAACAAGGAUAAUAUGUAUCAGGGUUCUUCUUCAUUAUGCAGCAUUACAUGUAUGUCAGUUUUAUUGGUCAUUAAAACAUUCUCUUGUUUGAGCAUGAAAAGCAAUACUUCAAAGUAUUUUUAACUUCAACAAUUGUCUUAUGAAAUAUAUUAAAUUAAUCUUGAAAUUAUUUCAUAUAUUAUAAUGUUUUUUGCAUUUGUGACUGGCUGUUUUUCUACUUUGUAAUUGUGAGACAAUUUCUUGGGGAGGGAAAAUUGGAAUGUGAUUCCCUUUUUUUCAAAAUAGAAGAUUUUUGUGAAAUUAUGUUGCAUUAUUAUUUGCAAUCAAACCUUGAUCCUUGAUUUUGAAAUCAUUUAUCAAUUGGAAGUGAAAAAUUACAACACAUAAGAGAUUUUGCAUUGUAUAAGUUCAUUUUACAAUUUUAAAAUAGCACUUCUUCAUCUUAUGCCUGUUUGAGAGGAUGUUAAUUUUUCACAUUCAACAGUGAAAUGUCACGUUGGUUUAUAAGGUUACUUACCAUUUGUUUUUAUGUGGAUAAUUAUAGUGCAUUGCUCACCCAGUAUAUUUUUCUAAACUUGAACGUUUUGCUGUUUUGGGUUUUUUUUUCCUCCCCAAUUAUGAAAGCACAUGGAAAAUUAAGCUGUCCACAUCUUUUCAUUAGGAUUGUAAACCAAGGGAAGAACAAGUCAGAUUUUUAAGAUGCCACUUUUCAAGGGAAGAAAUGUUCUAUAAAAAUGAACUAGAAAAUGUUAUAACUUCUUUUUUGUUUGCAAGGAUGUCUUUGUAAUGUAUUUCACAGUUACGAUAUCCAAUACAGAUAAACUGACUUGAAUCAUUUUGAGCAAUUUUGCCCUGUGUUAUAUGUGUUUUUAUGCACAUAUUUGCAGUUGGAUUUUCUCCAACAGAAAGUGGUUUCACUACUGGCACAUUAACAAGCACCAAUAGAUUUUUAUUCCAAUUUCAAGCACUGUGGUUGAGUAACAUCACCUCAAUUUUUUAUUAUCCUUAAAGAUAAUUGCAUUUUCAUAUUCUUUAUUUAUAAAGGAUCAAUGCUGCUGUAAAUACAGGUAUUUUUAAUUUUUUAAUUUCAUUCCACCACCAUCAGAUGCAGUUCCCUAUUUUGUUUAAUGAAGGGAUAUAUAAGCUUUCUAAUGGUGUCUUCAGAAAUUUAUAAAAUGUAAAUACUGAUUUGAUUGGUCUUUAAGAUGUGUUUAACUGUGAGGCUAUUUAACUAAUAGUGUGGAUGUGAUUUGUCAUCCAGUAUUAAGUUUUUAGUCAUUGAUUUUUGUGUUAAAAAAAUAGGAAAGAGGGAAACUGCAGCUUUCAUUACAGACUCCUUGAUUGGUAAGCUCUCCAAAUGAUGAGUUACAGUAAACUCUGAUCAUGCCUCUUGGAUAGUGGAUUUUGAGCAUUUCUCUCGGGCUUUAAUUUGCUAAAGCUGUGCACAUAUGUAAAAAAAAAAAAAAAAUAGAUUAUUUUAGGGGAGAUGUAGGUGUAGAAUUAUUGCUUAUGUCAUUUCUUAAGCAGUUAUGCUCUUAAUGCUUAAAAGAAGGCUAGCAUUGUUUGCACAAAAAGUUGGUGAUUCCCUCCCCCAAAUAGUAAUGAAAUUACUUCUGUUGAGUAAACUUUUUAUGUCAUCUUAUAAUAAAAGCUGAAAAAAGUCCCUUUGUUUCUAUUUAUAAAAAAAAAUGCUUUUCUAUAUGUACCCUUGAUAAGAGAUUUUGAAGAAAUCAUGUAAGAUGAUAAAGCAUUUGAAUGGUACAGUAGAUGUAAAAAAAAUUCAGUUUAAAAGAACGUUUGUUUUUACAUUAAAUGUUUAUUUGAAAUCAAAUGAUUUUGUACAUAAAGUUCAAUAAUAUAAAAGCUGUAUUCUGGUUUUUUUAUUUUAUUUUAUGCAUUGUUAAUGUGUGCACUAAAACUUUGGCUUGUCUAGGAUUGUAUGGAUCCAGAAGUAUGCCCAUCGGUCAGAGCUAAUAAGAAAUGAAGAAAGGACUUCCUAGCCUCCAAAACUGUGAGAAAUAAAUGUCUUGUUUAAGCCUCCCCAUCCCCCUCCAAAAAAGGCAGUGAAACCUUUCACUUUUAGUGACAUAAGUUUCAACUAGUGUUUUAUAUUACUUAUAGCAGUAUAUAUUUUAAAUUUAUAGUUCAGAGUAAUGUCAAUAUUAGUUAACAGCUAUCUCUCUUUGGUUGUGUAUUUCUUUUUUUUUUCAUUGUAAUGAAAAAAUUUACGUUGGCUUUCAAAAACUCAGAAUAGAGGGGGAUAUAAAUGAUAGUUAUAUAAAGUAAAAUGUGUAAUAAAAUUACAUACUACAUUG